AAUUUCACGCCCAUUCCGUUACGUCCACACAAAACGCACCCUAAAGAAAACACCGUUUGUCGACCACGUCUCGUCGUUUUAACGCAAUAUCAGUCUGCUGGCUUCGCAGAUAAGAACGCACCUCUCGUUCUCUCAGCUGAGCACAAUCCAUACUCACAUUGCACAGCGCAGAAACUAAAAAAGCUUCAUCAAAUCUCUGAAUUUGAAGAAGAAGCAGAAGAAGAUGUCGUGGCAAACAUUUGUGGAUGAGCAUCUUAUGUGCGAAAUCGAAGGCAAUCAUCUCUCUGCUGCCGCCAUCAUCGGCCAAGACGGCAGCGUUUGGGCCCAGAGCUCCAACUUUCCUCAGGAACUCAGCUGGAUGGCUGAGAACGAAAAAUUAUCAAAGAAAACCCUCUUAAGGCAUGGGCAUAGACCAGAAGAUAUGCUUGCUGCCACUGUAGUUCCUCUAUAAUGUAGUCUAUGUUGGCUUCUUCCAUCCUUCAUAGUUCAUCCAGAGACAAACUUCAUGGAGAUCACUUCAUAU